AUGGCAUCUAGUGAUAUCGAAAAGAAAUCAUGGUUACAAAGAAGAGAAAAGAAGAAAAAAUGGAAAUCCCGAUCGAUGAGCGUAAUGAAAAUUUUAGAAUUCUUCGGACGCCGAAAUUCAUCACAGCAGAGUGCGAAGAAAAACAAUUCAGUUUGGAUUUUUGACAACACAGCAUACAUGAAUGAACAAGGAACAUGGGAAGCAGAGUUUACCGUUGUUAUUUUCAACCAGAAGGCUGCGGUGGGUGUGACCAGUGCUGUUGCAGAUUUUGCCAUAGGGAUCGGGCUUGGAAGUGGCAACGAGACAAAAGCAGUCAUGCAAAAGCGUCUUAUACCUUGUGUCCGUUCGGUAGUCCCAGGAAGAAUAGUCAAGAUUGAUUUUGGAAGUCAGAAACAGAUAAAAAUGAGUCCGGGGAGUCUCGAUUGCAUCAGUAGUGACAUUAAAAGUCUACCAGAAUUCAAGAGUGGAACAAUAAUAACAAGCAAGGUGCGAGCACUCCCAGAAUCAGAGGGAUUACUUGAAAUGAAGACACUAUACGCUGGACCAGAGGGAUGGGGUGUCAUUUCUGAUAUCGAUGAUACAAUCAAGUUGACCCAAACUUCGGAUCCUAUGGGAUUUCUGCACGAAACCUUCGUUGCAGAACCAAGCCCGAUUAAAGGGAUGCCAGAGUUGUUUUCUUAUAUUCAAAUAUUAAUAAGUUAUCCGCCAUUCUUUUAUUUAUCCGCAUCGCCGUAUAAUCUUUAUCCGUUUCUUCAUACAUUUCGCCAGAAUUACUUUCCUUAUGGUACAAUUGCUCUACGAAAUAUAAGUUGGAUCGACCCCUCAUUUUUACUAUCUAAUUUCACCCUUGGUAUUCAAACAUUCAAAAUCGACUACAUGAAAAAGAUACAUUCUUGGCUACCCAAUCGAAAGAUGAUUUGCAUAGGGGACUCUACUCAAUCAGAUCCGGAGGUAUAUGCCGAGUUAUAUCGGAUGCAUCCAGGUUGGAUCAGGCUCAUUCUGAUUCGAAAAGUAACGGAUAUUUCGUCUACUAGUAUUGGAAGUAGAAAUGAAACCACCAGGUUUAGUAAGGCAUUCAAAGGUAUUCCGAAAGAAGAUUGGUUUGUAUUUGAGUCUCCAAAUGAAUGUUAUUCUAUACUGCGGAAUACUAGUUUAUAG